AUGGAGGCGCAAGGGAACGACAAGGCUCCGGCUCCGGCUCCGGCUCCAGGAUCAGGUUCGGGUUUGGGUCCGGGUCAGUGUAUGAGCAAGUACGUGGACCCAUCGAGUGAAGAGAGUCACAGAUACUAUCUUGCGCGGCGGAAUGCCUUGGUGAUGCUCCGAGACAGAGGCUACGAAGUUUCCGCCGAAGAUAUCAAUCUCUCCCUCCAGGAUUUUCGAACUGUUUACGGCGAACAUCCCGAAGUUGACCGUCUCCGUAUCUCCGCUCAGCUUCGCUCCGAUUCUUCCAAAAAGGUCAAGGUUGUCUUUUUUGGUACUGGUACGGUUAAAGUCAACGGGAUCCGCAGUGUUGCAGCAGAGGUACUUAGCCAAGAAACGAUAACCGGGCUGAUAUUGGUUCUGCAAAGCCAUGUAACCAAUCAAGCCUUGAAAGCCAUCGAACUGUUUUCUUUCAAGGUCGAGAUAUUUCAGAUAACCGAUUUGCUAGUCAACGUAACCGACCAUGUACUGAAACCGCGACAUCGGAUUCUGAAUGAUGAAGAGAAGGCAGCACUUCUCAAGAAGUUCAGUAUCGAGGAAAAACAACUUCCUCGGAUUUCAAAGAAAGACGCGGUUGUGCGGUACUAUGGAUUAGAGAAAGGGCAAGUUGUGAAAGUGAGUUACAGAGGGGAACUCACGGAGUCGCAUGUUGCUUACCGAUGUGUGUGGUGA